CAAAAUUUGUGUGUUCGAUUUUAGCGGUAAAUUCCCAAAACAAAAGAUUUGGUACUUAACAUCAGUUCCCACCAUCUCUACUUGUUUUCAUUUCAAAUUUGAAAUCAAAUCCCCUUUUAACCUCCAAACCCAAAUCCAAGCUUCAACUCUUUUCCACAAAUCUCCAAAAAUAACCCAGAAAAAGAAAAACCAUUACUUGCAAAAGAAAAAUGGAUAGCAGAUUUCAAGUAUUGCCUCCACUCAAAAGAUUUCGGCUUUUGCAACAACAACAACACGAAGAAGAUGAAGUGUUCAAUGGCUCUAAAACUAACUCUUUUCCUCUCCCGGCGAAGAAAAGGAAGGAGACCAGGGAUGUUCCUCUGCCUGAAACUACUUCAUAUUGCUUGCCUGCCAAGAAGAGAAUAUGGGCUUUCCAACCUGAUUUCCUUUCCGGUAAGCCUCUUUUGCCUUUUGAUUUGAAUGUUGAGUACGAGAAGCAAGUUGAAAUGGAGGAAAACAAGAGCAACCCAAUUUGUAAAACUCCCCAAAAAUGCACUUUUGAUACUCGAAAUGAGAUUUUCCAGAAAACCAAUAAAACCCCACUUGAAGAUCGUCCCCCAAAAUGCAUCAAAACUAGGCAAGAAGUAGGGAAUAAAGAAAAUCAAAUCCCAAAGGAAAACCCACUUGUUAAAAGCCCCAAAAGUCACCAAAAGUGCAUCAACAUUAGCCCUACAAAAGCUAACAAAGAAGUAGAAGUAGAAGAGGAGGAAGAAGAUGGGAUUUUAUGUGAUAUUUGUAAAAGCACAGAUGGGGAUCCAAAAGAUCCCAUUGUGUUUUGUGAUGGAUGCGAUUUAAUGGUACAUUCCACAUGUUAUGGGAAUCCAUUAAUAAAAGAAAUCCCAGAAGGUGAUUGGUUUUGCAGCCUUUGCUUAGAGAAACCAAACAAUGAUAAACCCUUUGCUUGUUGCUUAUGUCCAACCAAAGUAGGUGCAAUGAAACCCACAACUAUUGAUGGUAAAUGGGCUCAUUUGGUUUGUGCACUUUUGGUACCUGAAGUGUUCUUUGAGGAUCCUGAAGGAAGGGAAAGGAUUGAUUGUUCAAAGGUACCUGAGAAGAGAUGGAAAGGGAGAUGUUAUGUUUGUAAGACUAGGAAAGGGUGUGUCAUUGAAUGUUCUGAACCUAAAUGUGGAUUGGAGUUUCAUGUCACUUGUGGAUUGAGUGAAGAUCUUUGCAUUGAAUAUAAAGAAGGAAAGAAAGGUGCUGUUGUUGCUGGGUUUUGUAAAUCCCACACUGAAUUGUGGAAAAAGCAACAACAGACAGGGAAGUUCAAGAUUGUAGCUAGAGAUGAGCACAAGUAAUCAAAUGUGGCAAUUUUGUAACUUGAUGAGUUUUAUAACUUUUGUUGGUGAUUUCUUUGGAUUACAGAUUCUAUAAAUUUAGGUUGUUUUUUUCUUUUUCCUUAACUUGAAUAUGUGAUGAAGUUGGAACAAAAA